AUGGGCCUCAGCAGUCGUUUGCUGACAUUCAGCCGUGGCUAUGCCACCCGAUCAGGCGGUUCUCGUAUCAAGCCAACAUUAAGUCUCGACCAGUUCAUCCAAAGAGGCCGAGUCUUGGCUUUCUACCGCACUAUCCUCCGCGGGACCAAAAAGAUCGCUGAUCCUACAACAAGAGCCGAGUCUCGAAAAUACGCCCGUGACGAAUUUGAACGGCGUCGCAACGUCGCAGACGCUGUAUGUUCCCUCAUUCGCUUCUCAACCAAUUCACUAACUGUUCUCUCCAAGUCACACGUUCGGUAUCUCCUUUCAAUUGGAAAGACGGAGUGGGAAGGCAUGGAGAGGUAUAUCGAUGGUAUGUAG